AUGGUGUAUCAAAUCGAGUCUAUACUGGUGAUGACGUAUGAGUGGCAUCCGAAUGCUGCUGCUACAGCAAUAGUGCAGACGAAUGUAAUUUACCGCACUGUUCGAGAAUUCACGAAAAAAAAAAGACGCUUAGAUUGCGUCGGAGAGCCGCACAAGAAGCGAAAUAAUUUCUGUAGCAGUCAGCCGAUCCCGGCAAUUGAACGUCGUGGAUCCGAGACAAGCUUCCGGCCUAGUACCACAAAAACCCCCUUCAAAAUGUGA